AUGUGCUUUAAAAACGAUGAAUUUGACUUUUCAGAGUAUGAAAAAAAUAAUGAAGUUUAGUUAUAUAACAAAGAAUGCUAUUUUAAUCAGCCAGAAAAUCAACUUAAAUAACCUGAUUUGCAGUAAAUAGAAGAAUCCCAAUAAGAAAUUGAUUUAAGAAGCUUAAAUAGUAUGGUAUCUCCAAAGAUUAAUUAGGAUUUAACAAAAUUUUAAAACUGCAAUGAAGAAACAAUUGAAUACAUUAAAAAAAAUUCAAUUCCAUUAAAUUUAAGAGAUAGAAGAUUGAGUUAAUCAAAAUUAUAUGCAAAGAGUGUAAAGAGUUCUUGUAUUGACAAAGAAUUUAACAGAUAGUACACUACAAAGUCUAUUAUUAAACCAAUGAGGUCUUUUAGCUCACUGAACUAGAUUUCAUUCAAUUAUUUGGAAAGUUAAAAUAGGAAAUUCUAUGAAAAAAUACGAAAUAAAAUAAAAUACUUCUACUUAAAUGCUACUUUAAGUGGUAGAACAAAAUUAAUUAACUUAAAAAUAAGAAACUAAAUUAAUGAUUUAAGCGAUUUUAUUCCUGAAAAUUUGAAUAUUGCCUCUUUUUAUUCUUUUUCUCGCUCACAAGUUUAAAACUAUGAAAUAGUUGGCAACAGAAAAGGAAUUAUUUAGAUAUAUUUAAGAUACUCUGUUUUUUUUGAUAUUUUUCCUAUCCUCUUCCUUUUUUUUAACCAAGAAGACACAGUGUCAACUCUCAAAAUAAUAUUUCAGAUUGCUGUUUUUUUGAAAAUAAAAAACAUUCUUUAAGAUAUUUCUUACAUUUAGAGUUAAUUUUGCAUGAUGCUUAAGAGAUAUUAUAUUAUAUAAGUUGUUAAUCUCGUAUUAAAGCUCUUCCUUAUUGGUCAUACAAUUGCUUGUUUCUGGUACAUUCUGUGUAAAGUAGAAUACGAAAAUUAUUAAAAGGAAAGUGGUUGGAUUAACAAUUAAAUGCUUUAAGAUAAAGAAUGGUGGCAAUUUUAUAUCUUUAGCUUGUAUUGGGCUUUAACCUUAAUGACAACAGGUUCAAGCAUAGCAAGCACAACCUUUGAAACUUGCUACACAGUUUUUAUUAUGCUUUUUAUCACUAUUAUUUUUGGUUAUAUACUAAAUGUUAUUGGAUAGAUCUUGUCUGAAAUAGAAGAAAAAGACUAAAAUCGCAGAAGAGAUGUUAACAUCCUAAAUGACUAUAUGAGAAAAAAAAAUAUUUCUAAACUAUUGCAGUCGAAGGUGAAUCUGAACUUAGAGUACUAUUAUUAAUAAGAUUUUAAGUAGCUCUAAGAAAACUAUGAAUAAGUUUUAGGAAAAAUAUCCUUAGACCUAAAAAAUAGCUUGCUGAAGGAGUAUAAUAAAUAAAUUAUAAACAAAAUUGAAGUACUUGCUAAAAAGUUCAGUUAAAAUUCUUUAGAUAAAUUAUCAAUCACACUUUAGGAGGAAUAUUAUUUUCCUAAUCAAGCUAUAUUCAAUUAGCAUGAUCUCUCAAGUAACUGUAUUAUUUACGUUGUUUCUGGUUAGGUGGAAAUUAGUUCUUCCAAUAAUACUUCUGAGUAGACAAAAGUAUUGCUUAAUAGUGGCUAAUUUUAUGGAUUAAUUGAAUUUUUUACAGGAGUUUCUAACAAUUUACACAUAUACUCCAAGUAGUUCUCUUAAGUUAUUUUUAUAGAUAGAAACAAAUUUAUAGAAAUUAUUAAGCAAAAUGAAAAGGAUUUUUAAGAGUUUCACUAAUUAAAAGAUUAAAUACUAUUAUAUGGGUAAUUUGAUAAAGUUAAAUUAAUAUGCAGUGUUUGCAAAAUGAAGACACACUUAAAAUAAGCUUGUCAUUUAGUUCAUUUUAAUAAAUCUUUAUUUUAUAGGAAGCUCGGUUAUCCAAUAGGUUAGAAAUAGGAUAGAGCUAUUUUUAAUAGAAAAAAGGAGUAUAAAUAAUAAUUUUUUGCCCUUAAAUCAUAGCAACAGAAGGAGGAAUUUUUUAAAUAUGCUAAGACUUUUAAAAACUUAGAUGAGUCAUAUAACAGCAGCCAUAAUUUUGAAUACAGCUUUUUGACGUAGAGCUAACAAGAAAAUGAGGAGUCUUCUACAAUUUAAAAUAAUAAUUCAGUAUUUUUUGGAAAUAAUGAAGGUCGUAACAACACUUUUAAAUCUUAAAAUCAUGUUUCUGAUUAAAAAACAAAGAAAACAAUAUCAUCAUCAACUUGCCUUUCCAAAAUCGAAAAUGAUUUAAAUCCAUAAAUUAUUGAAGAAAGGAAUAAAAAAUAAAAGCUUUCAUUGAAAAUCAUCACUGAAUUGAAUGAUAAUCAUAUGGAUAAAAAUCAUUUAAAAAGAGAAUCUUCAGAUUAAGAUAUAACAAAACAAGAGGUACAACGAAUAAGUAGAUAAUCUUUAGAUUCUUAGCAUAAUUAGUAAAUAUUAGAUCUUGGAAAAAAUUACAUAUAUGAUAAUGAUAUUGGUUUUUCAAAUGAUUAAAGAAUUAGGGCUCUUAAUAUUCAAAAAACCAUUUUAAUUAAUAGUAGUAAAUAUAUUUAAAGUUACCUUGAAGAUUUGAAUAAAUUCCUAUUUUAAAGAGGCAGAUCUUUAAAGUAAGUUAAACCAGUUUUAGAAGAAAGCUAGCUGUAAAACAACUUAUUUGAACAAGAGAAUAAUCCUUGGUUGUUUGAGUCUUUAGAAAAUUUCAAAUACUAUUUUACUAAAGGAAAUUCCUACAAUGUGCUUAAAAAAGUGAUGAAAUAAAGAAGGAAAUCUAGGAUUUUAUAUAAAAGAAAUUUAAAAAGCGAAAAUAAAUUGAUUAAAUGA